AAUUUUUUUUUUUUUUUUUUUGGUCUUAAACAAAAUCCACCUGAUUCAGAUCUGGAGUUAUUCAUUCAUUACACAAUGUAUUUUAUUAAAUCAAACCAAACUUUAAUUUUAGAUAUUUUAUCAUGCCCUGGGUAACGCAAAGUGCUUAAAAAGUAAGUUAAAACAAAUACCUUAACAUUAAAUAAACUAAAGAAUAUGCUUCUUCUUCACAACAGUUUUUAUUCUCUUUCGCUAAAAAAAUGUCGGGUUUGUCUAAAAUAAUCCCAUCAUGUCCGCUAUGCUUUUGACACGUUUUCUUUUCAAUGGUCCUUGUAACCGAGACAACAUUUCUGCAUUAACAGAUGUCCGGUGCAAAGGUGUUGCUGUACUUGCAGAGCCUGUCACGUAGGAAACCACUGGAGCCUGAAGGCGAGGUGUCCAACUUUUGCCGCUGCCUGACCACUCUCGACCUGGUGGCUCUCGGGGUCGGCAGCACGUUGGGGGCCGGUGUUUACGUGCUGUCAGGAGAAGUGGCCAGAACUGUUGCGGGUCCGAGUAUUAUCAUCUCCUUCCUGAUCGCUGCUGUGGCCUCCAUCUUUGCGGGACUGUGUUACGCGGAAUUUGGAGCUCGUGUUCCGAAAACAGGGUCUGCCUAUCUCUACAGCUAUUUGACGGUCGGGGAGAUUUGGGCUUUUAUCACUGGCUGGAACCUGCUGCUGUCUUAUGUAAUCGGGACAUCAAGUGUAGCCAGAGCGUGGAGUGGGACAUUUGAUGACCUUAUUGGGGGGGUCAUUUCUGUUUCUUUGGAGAAACAAGCUGCAAUGGAUUUACCUGGUUUAGCCCCUUAUCCAGACUUCUUUGCGGCUGGCCUCAUCAUGCUCUUGGCAGGAAUUCUUGCCUUUGGUGUGAAGGAGUCGGCCACAGUGAAUAAGGUUUUCACAGCUGUUAACAUACUGGUGUUGCUGUUUGUUAUCCUCUCCAGCUUCAUAAAAGGAGACAUCAACAACUGGUACAUUGGUAAAGACACUCUUGUGAAAGCAUAUGAAAAUGACACAAGCCUGAAUGAAACCAGCAGAAUCGGCAGAGGAGGAUUUUUCCCUUUUGGAUUUGAAGGGACGUUAGCAGGAGCAGCGACCUGCUUUUAUGCAUUUGUGGGAUUUGACUGUAUUGCUACAACAGGGGAGGAAGUUCAGAACCCUCAGAAGUCAAUUCCACUUGGUAUAGUGGCAUCCCUUCUCAUCUGCUUCCUGGCUUAUUUUGGGGUGUCUGCUGCCUUGACUCUGAUGAUGCCCUACUGCUUACUCAGCCUUCACAGCCCACUGCCUGUGGCAUUCUCAUACGUUGGCUGGGGCCCAGCGAAGUAUGCAGUGGCUGUUGGAUCCCUUUGUGCUCUGUCAACAAGUUUGCUGGGAUCGAUGUUCCCAAUGCCUCGUGUCCUCUUCGCCAUGGCCAGGGACGGCCUGCUCUUUAAACCUCUCAGUAGAAUGAGUGACAGACAGAGUCCUGUCAUUGCUACACUGGUGUCAGGAAUUGUUGCAGCUUUUAUGGCAUUGCUGUUUGACCUGAAGGCACUAGUCGAUAUGAUGUCGAUUGGAACACUUUUUGCCUACACACUUGUUGCUGUAUGCAUACUCAUAUUAAGGUAUGGACCCUUAAGGUGUUCUAGAAAAAAGUGGCUUGUGUCAUUAAAUUUAAUUAGAAAAGAUUCAACUCUGCGUGUAUUGAGAAAAGAGAAAUAUAACAUUUCAACUCUUUUAAAACUGUACCAAGUUGAUCUCAGUGAGGAUUCAACCGCAGGCAAAGCAGAGCCUUUCACAAUAACUGGUGUAUUAUAUCCUCCACCCCAAGCAACCAUACGGACAUCAAAAACUGUGUCACUUCUAACAGUUUCUACUGUUUUUUUGGCUGUCAUCUUAAGCCUUUUCAUAAUGGAGACUGCCACCGCCCUGCACACCCUUCAGGUGUGGAGUUUGCUUUGUGUCAUUGUAAUUGUGCUGAUGCUGGUUUUCACUGUUUUAAUUAUCUGGAGACAGCCACAGAAUACAACCAAAGCUGCUUUCAUGGUUCCUUUAGUGCCACUGCUUCCAGGUCUCAGCACUUUUAUCAAUGUAUACCUCAUGGUUCAGCUGGGAUCAGACACCUGGAUUCGCUACUCCGUGUGGAUGGCUGUAGGUUUAAUCAUCUACUUCUGCUAUGGUGUUCAACAUAGUGUCCAAAAACAAAGGCUCAUCAGUUCACAGAACCAAGUCAAUUUUCAAGCGAUCAAUUCCACUAUAGCAUAAAAUGACUGAACCUGGAAAACUUUUUUAUUGGUUUACCAUGUGGAUAUUUCACAAAUGUAUUUUUGUAAUAAAUAGCUGCAUUCUAUUUUAUUUGCUUUUUUUAUUAGCACAAAGACUUUAUUAGUGAAAAUGCACCAUCCAAAAUCCAAAAUAAAACAAAACAAAAAAUCACCACGAAGACUGUAAUCUCAGUGUAUUGGUUUGGUCUUAUGUUUUGUGUAUGUCUGUGAGACUUCCUUUUUUGUAUGUGAAAAAGAUCCGUUACCAACACUAUUAUAGUUUAGCUGUUUAAUGUAUCUUUUUUGUUUUAGGUUGAUGGUGUUAUAGUGUAUAUACAAAACUUUUUUAAAUAAUUUUUUUUACCUUUUUUUUUUUUUGGCUUCCAGUUUCAAGUGUGCGAAAGGGGCAGAAAAAAACCCCCAACAUUUUCUUCCUGUGUUCCAUAUCCCAUGUAUAAGAUCUUGUGUAAGGUCUCUCUCUCUUUCUUUUUAUAAGAAAAUAAAUAAAUAAAAUCUAACAAAAUCUAAAAACAUUAAAAA